AAAAUAUAUACUAAUUUUCUAUAUAGUUUGAUAUUCUAGUUUAGUUUGAAUAGGUUUUGAAUUGUUUGUUUUGAGUAUAUAAAUCGGUAGAGUUGUUCUCAAAAUCAAGACUUGUUCUCUCAACCCAACCUUGUUCGGAUGAAUGUUUUCAUCAACAUCAUCAGACAUUUACAGCCACUAUCUUUGUUCAUGGUUACUUUUAUAGCCUGCGUCUUGGUAUAUCAUAUCAUCAAACGCUUGCUUGACUUAUGAAUACAAUAUCAAAUCGAAAAUGGAUCUCUCUGGCUGCUUUUAUCCAAUAUCAACGACUUCUAUCAACCUCUACUCCUUUCCCUUCUCAAAAACUAAAAUACGCUGUCGAAAGCAAACCAGUCGUCAAGCCAUUGAGAAUACGAGACAUCGUGUCCCCGAAAACGGGCGUCGCCACAAAUCGCCAAAGCCAUCUAUGUCUCAUUCAGGAAUUUCUACAAAGAGAUCCAGAGCGUAGCCCUUCACAAACUUGCGGCCGUGAUUUAUCUGGCUCAGAUUCAACAGAGAGGGUUUUUGAAGAAAUCCUCGAAUCUUCUACAAUGGAUACAAACACAGGUAUUCUUGAUUUGGUGAAGGAUGGUUUGAGAGUUGACGCGAGUCUUCUGUCAAAUGCUUUGAGUUUAUGUGGGUCUUUGCGUAGUAUCCGAGACGGUGUUCAGUAUCAUUGUUUAGCGAUUAGAACUGGGUUUCUCGUGAACGUGUAUGUGGGAAGCGCGUUGGUAAGUUUGUAUGCAAAAUGCGGUGAUAUAAAUAACGCCUAUCAAGUGUUUCAAGAAAUGCCCGUGAGAAAUGUCGUCUCGUGGACAGCUAUUAUUGCUGCUUUCGCACAAGAAUGGCACGUGGACAUGUGUCUGGAGCUCUACCGUGAAAUUAGAACUUCAUUGUUGAAACCCAAUGAUCUUACACUCGUGAGUGUUUUGAGUGCUUGCACUGGUAGUGGUGCUCUUGGGCAAGGUACAAGUGCUCAUUGCCAAACAAUUCGAAUGGGUUUUAACUCGUAUGUCCACAUAGCUAAUGCCCUCGUAUCAAUGUAUUGUAAGUGCGGGAAUGUCAAGGAUGCACUCUGCAUAUUCAAGAGCAUGGCUAUUAAAGACGUUGUGUCUUGGAAUUCAAUGAUUGCUGGGUAUGCUCAACAUGGGCUUGCAGCUCAGGCCAUUGAUCUAUUCAAACAAAUGAAGAAGGAAAGGGUUAAGCCUGAUGCCAUCACAUUUCUUGGUGUCCUUUCGUCAUGCCGUCAUGCUGGUCUUGUUGAACAAGGUCGAUUCUUCUUCAAUGUCAUGGUUGAACAUGGUGUUAAGGCAAAACUAGAUCACUAUUCUUGUGUUGUUGAUCUUCUUGGCCGUGCUGGAUUACUUGAAGAGGCUCGGGAGCUCAUUGGAAAGAUGCCUAUGCAUCCCAAUGCCGUUAUUUGGGGCUCACUACUUUCCUCCUGCAGGCUUCAUGGGAGUGUAUGGAUUGGCAUAGAGGCUGCGGAGAGUAGGCUAUUGCUUGAGCCAGGUUGUGCUGCCACCCACGUGCAAUUAGCGAACCUGUAUUCUAGUGCAAGAUCCUGGGAUCAAGCAGCAAGAGUUCGGAAACUGAUGAAGGUUAAAGGUCUGAAAACAAAUCCUGGGUGCAGCUGGGUUGAGAUCAAGAAUGAGGUUUUCAUUUUUAGAGCAGAGGACAGGUCAAACGCCAGAGAGACCGAAAUUAUCUUCUUGGUGAAUUGUCUGGUACAGCACAUGAAAGCCUUGGGCUAUUUGCCCGAGAUGCAGGAGGAAGAUAUUGAUGGAUGAUUGUGGUUGAUAUACUACAAUGUAAGCUAUA